AUGGCCCCUUAUCUUGAGACAGUCAAGUCAUUUGCCGAUGUCGACCUGACAGACGGUGUUAAUACUCUUGAAUUCCUUGAAGCAUCCGACGGUCUCGUUGGUCUUUUCGAUCUCCUUGGAUCUGCAGCAUUCUCUGUUGUCCAGAGCGAUCUCAAGGGUAACAUCGCCAAACUCAGGGCACGGUAUGAGGCUGCCCCCACUCUGUCUGGUACUUUAGAGAAGCUGGUCGAGAACGAGAAGGGCGAGAAGAAGCGGACCGCAACUGAAGGUCUCCUCUGGCUGUUGCGCGGCCUCUCUUUCACCUGCAAAGCCCUUCAGAACGCACAACAGAACAAAACUGAAGAACUUUCCGCGGCGUUCACUAAAUCGUACGAGGGUACACUCAAGAAAUUCCACAACUUCGUUGUCAAGGGUGUUUUCGCGGUCGCGAUGAAAGCGUGCCCCUACCGUGCCGACUUCUACGCGAAGCUCGCGGCUGAUCCUGCAGGUGGCCCGGCGGCAUCGCAAGACAAAGUCAAUGAGGAGCUCGACAAGUGGCUUGCGGCUCUGGCCAACAUCGUCACUAGGAUGGAGAGUUUCUACGAAGUAGGGAACUACGCCAAAGGGCUGUAA